GGCUUCUGAGAGGGAGAGUGAACGCUACCUUAUCCAAUAAUGACAGUGCUAUAUACUGUACACAAUGACCACUCGUACGGGACGCUCUACAGUCAGUUGCCGUACUCGUUCACCUACUGUGCUGGUGCGCUCGGCGAGCGGGCCGGCCGGCCAAGGGAGUUCGCCGGUGUCUUUAUGGGAGCGAGACAGAUCAAGACUCGAGGAAAUCGAAGGUCGUCGCCGCACACGGUCCCUGCUUCCGAACGCGUGGUGUUUUGCGUCAAGUGUGGAGAGUCGCAACUUUGUAAAUAGGUGAUACUGUACUCUGACCGGGCUCUCUGCCUUUCAUACAUGUACCUGAAACCUUUCUCUCUGCUGCAUUGAGCCUGCUCUCAGUGCCGUCACUGCAAGAUCACUGGUUGACUUUGCAAUGUUGCGCUCUUACUCCUGAGUCCUGCCCGGCCUCUAAUUGGAAUCCCGAGGAAUCAACUAGUGGCCUCGUAUUCUUGUUGCCUUGACACGUUGCUUGAUAUUUCGACGCGCC